UACGGAACGGACCACCAGUCUUCACAGGAUCUUCGUUCACAACGAGGAACAGCUCAACUCGCCUCUUCGCGAUCUCUUUCGAAUCAUGAUUCGACGAACUUGUCUAAUUCUGUCCCUCGCCCUCCUUCUCUCCAUCGUUUGGACUUUUCCACAGCAGCCCAAGUCAAGGAGGCCGAUCCCCCAGUUCAAGAACAAGACCGGGGGCUUGGAAUUGCCGGACAACGCCACGUUGAUCCGGGAGAAUAUCGUUGACAACUUCUCCUGUCAGGACAGAAUUUACGGAUACUACGCCGACAUGGAGAACGAUUGUCAAAUUUUCCACGUUUGCAUGCCGCAGGCCAGGGGCUCGACCAGAUGGAGCUUCAUCUGCCCCGCGGAGACGGUGUUCAAUCAAGCGACGUUCGUUUGCACGAAAACGGAAAACUCUAUACCGUGCGAGGAAUCCGAGAAAUUCUACAACUUGAACGAGGCGAUCGGCAAGGAGGUGGAGGAAGAGGAAAACGACGUGGAGCAGAAAGAAUCGGACGCGGAACCGAUUUCGAGCAGACCACCAGCCAGGACAUCGAGGAUCUCGAAUCCAAAGAAAAUGUCGCGGGAUCAGCGAUCGUGAACGGCUGUGUAUGUGUGUGUGUGUGUGUGUGCGCGAGAGAGAGAGAGAGAGAUCAAACUGUUGAAAGAGAAAAAAGAAAAAACAACAAGAUUAAUAUUACGCUUGCUCGACGAAAAGCAAAAAAAUAAGUUUGCUUGGUAUUUAAGAUAUUUAAAUGUAGAAUAAAAAUACAUGAAAUGUACAUUUGAACGUGUUGAAGAUAUAUAUAUAUAUAUAUUUGUAAAUUGAUGAAAUUACGCACAGUUAGAGAAAAUAAAGGGAUCGUAGUCUCUGCAACAAAUUUUAUUGCAUAUACAAUGAUACGAGCAAAUUAAUACUGCUAUUUCGGUAAUUAAGCAAUCACGCGUAUAAGAAAGUUUACACAAAUGUCCCAAGCCUAGAACGAAAGUGCGACGAUGGUGCAAAAGAUGAAUGCGAAGAUUUAAAAGACAAAAAAAAAAAAAAAAAAAAAAAAAAAGUAACUUAA